UUGCACAAAGCUCUAGAAAACUAUGAAAGUGCCUUCAGCAUAAACAAAUCCAGAAAUCUCCCAGGACAAAUCAUUUGCCAACUGAAAGAAAGGCCUGGAGUUUAUGGUUUCCCUCAGAGCUAGAGGUAGAAACUCUCCGGGGGGACAAGCCAGACCAGGCACCAGUGGAUGUCACCGCGGCAAAACAAGGAUGGACGAGGAGUCUCCAGAUGGGGUGCUCUUCAAAGAUCAUGACUUCUCUUCUGACUUGUUGAGGCAGCUCAACAGCUUAAGGCAAAGCAGGAUCCUGACUGAUGUGAGCAUCUGUGCCGGUGCCCGGGAGAUCCCCUGCCACCGCAACGUGCUGGCCUCCAGCAGCCCCUACUUCAGGGCUAUGUUCUGCAGCAGCUUCCGGGAGAAGAGUGAAGCCAAAGUGCAGCUGAAAGGCAUUGACCCCCCAACCCUGGACCAGAUCGUCUCCUACGUGUACACGGGGGAGGCACGCAUCGAUGCUGACAAUGUCCUCCCCGUAAUGGAGGCCGCCUCCAUGCUACAGUUCCCCAAGCUGUUUGAGGCCUGCUCCUCAUACCUGCAGAGCCAGCUGGCCCCCAGCAACUGCCUGGGCAUGAUCAGACUCUCAGAAAUCUUAAGCUGCGAGACCCUCAAGAAGAAAGCCAGGGAGGUGGCACUGACGUCCUUCCCAGAGGUGGCCGCAUCAGCCGACCUGAAGGAGCUCUGUGCCUUGGAGUUGAGAGACUAUCUGGGAGAUGAUGGGCUCUGUGGGGAGGAAGAAAAGGUGUUUGAGGCCCUCAUGGUUUGGAUCAAGCAUGACCUCCAGGCCCGGAAGCGAUACAUGCAGGAACUGUUCAAGCAGGUCAGGCUGCAGUACAUCCACCCAGCCUUCUUCCAACACUUCAUCGCCAACGAUGCCCUCCUGCAGUCCUCGCCUGCAUGCCAGCUCAUCUUGGAGACCGCCAAAAGACAGAUGUUCUCUUUGUGUGGCAUCAGCACCCCAGACUGCAAACUCCUAUUGCAUGUCCCUCCAAGAAACUCUUACCAAGAUUUCCUCAUCCUCUUGGGCGGAAGGAAGGACAGCCAGCAGACCACCAGGGACGUCCUACUGUAUAGCAAACAGACUGGCCAAUGGCAGAGCCUUGCCAAACUCCCGACACGGCUGUACAAGGCCUCUGCUGUCACCUUGCACCGCAGCGUCUACGUGCUGGGGGGCAUGGCUGUCAGCUCAGGGAGGAGUCUGGUCAGUCAUAACGUCUACAUCUUCUCCCUCAAACUCAACCAGUGGAGGCUGGGGGAGCCCAUGCUGGUGGCCCGCUACUCCCACAGAAGCACUGCCCAUAAGAACUUCAUCUUCUCCAUCGGGGGUAUUGGAGAAGGGCAGGAGCUCAUGGGCUCCAUGGAAAGAUAUGACAGCAUCUGCAAUGUCUGGGAGAGUAUGGCCAGCAUGCCCGUGGGGGUGCUCCACCCCGCAGUCGCUGUGAAAGACCAAAGACUCUAUCUCUUUGGAGGAGAGGACAUCAUGCAGAACCCUGUGCGCCUUAUCCAGGUUUAUCACAUUUCCAGAAAUUCGUGGUUCAAAAUGGAGACAAGAAUGAUCAAGAACGUGUGUGCCCCUGCAGUGGUGCUCGGGGAGCGGAUUGUCAUUGUGGGAGGUUACACAAGGAGGAUUCUUGCUUAUGACCCUCAAUCCAACAAAUUUGUCAAAUGUGCGGACAUGAAAGACCGGAGGAUGCACCACGGGGCCACCGUGAUGGGAAACAAACUCUACGUGACGGGCGGGCGGCGGCUGACCACGGACUGCAACAUUGAGGACUCCGCCUCCUUCGAUUGCUACGACCCCGAGACGGACACCUGGACAUCCCAGGGACAGUUGCCACACAAGCUCUUUGACCACGCCUGCCUCACUCUCCAGUGCAUACCCCGCACAUCCGCCCUCCCAUGAGGUCGACAAGAAACCUUCUGUCCCAGUCAAAAUGCCUUCUGUUGCAAGGGACACAAACCCAGUUCCAAAGGGCUUAACCCUUAAAGGCUGCAGGGAGAGCUCACAAGACUGAGGUACCAGAGUCUGGAGGCCUGGAACUAGGCAUUGCAUUGCCCGAACUCUCUCUCUCCUUCUCUCCCUCUCUCUCUAUCUCUCUCCCCCACCU